AUGGUGGUUUCCAGACCCCCCCCAGCCCUGGGUGGGGUUUGUCUCAGGCUCGCAAGCUCUCUGCUGCUUCUGGCUUCCACAGCUCCCCUCAGUGCCACCAAUAUACCUGCCCCCCCAGCCUGUGGGAAGCCCCAGCAGCUGAACCGGAUCGUGGGUGGCCAGGACAGUGCCGAUGCUGAGUGGCCAUGGGUCGUGAGCAUCCAGAAGAAUGGGACGCACCACUGCGCGGGCUCUCUGCUCACCAGCCGCUGGGUGGUCACUGCUGCCCACUGCUUCAGGGGCAAACAGGAUGAGCUGUCCCUGUUCUCUGUGCUGCUGGGGGCCUGGCAGCUGGGGAAUCCGGGCCCUCGGUCCCAGAAAGUGGGUAUUGCCUGGGUGCACCCCCACCCUGUGUACUCCUGGAAGGAGGGUGCACGUGCGGACAUUGCCUUGGUGCGCCUGGAACACUCCAUCCAGUUCUCUGAGCGGAUCCUGCCCAUCUGCCUGCCUGAUUUCUCCAUCCGUUUCACUGUGAACACUGACUGCUGGAUUGCAGGCUGGGGGAGUAUCCAUGAUGGAGUGCCCCUGCCCCACCCCCAGACCCUGCAGAAGCUGAAGGUUCCCAUCAUCGACUCGGAAGUUUGCAGCCACCUGUACUGGCGGGGAGCCGGGCAGGGAGCCAUCACCGAGGACAUGCUGUGUGCCGGCUAUCUGGAAGGGGAGCGAGAUGCUUGCCUGGGUGACUCCGGGGGCCCCUUGAUGUGCCAGGUGGACGGCGCUUGGCUGCUGGCGGGCGUCAUCAGCUGGGGCGAGGGCUGUGCCGAGCGCAACCGGCCCGGUGUCUACAUCAGCCUCGCCUCCCACCGCUCUUGGGUGGCGCGGAUCGUGCAGGGGGUGCAGCUCCGCGGGCGCCCAGCACGGGCUCCGGGGGCACUGCGCCCUCCUAGGCCGGGCUCCGGGUCUGAGAUCUGGGGGACCGGGCGGUCAAGCCCAGAGGCUGCCUGCCCGCCCUGCCUGGGCCCCCAUCCUAGCCCACCUGGGCGGCAGACGUUUCCUGCUUCCCUGUAA